GUCGAAAAGAGGUAAUUGCGAAGAUAUCUGAAUAAAAUUGCUGCAAUUAAUUUAUCAUAUUUUUUAAUAUAUCGUAAUGCAAUAGUACUGCAAUGUGUUGUAUAUGUUUACACGAACAAAAAGUGUACAAUUUAUACUUUAUUUAAUAAUUUUUACGUAAUUACACAAUAAAUUAGCACAAUAAUGGCUGCUAAUAAUAAUUUAAUCCAUAACAUGUCACCACAACCGUCAUCACCCAUAACUACAGGUGCAAUGGGACAAUCAGUGAUUGCCUCGACUGGCACUGUUAGUCCUAUGAUUGGUAUUAAUUCUACACAGCCCUCUACUGCGGCACAAUCAGUCUGGGAUCAAUUAACAGCUAAUUCUUCGAGUACGCUUGCCAAUAUUAAUAAUAAUAUAUUACCUACAACACCUACUACUCCCACAUCGAUAAUUAAUGAUCAAAAUUCAAUGGGCAUAUUGGGUAAUAUUAAUCCACCUGGUUCCAAUUGUUCAUCACCUUCCACUCCAACAAAAACCGGCGCUCCAAUUGAUAACAUGUCACAUACUCCACAAGCACCACCUACAAUUGGGUCUAUGCAUUCCGGUGGGUAUGGCGAAGAAUUAACUGCAGAACUUGUUAAUCAAGGUUGGCGUAAAUUUUGGUCAAAACGUGAAAAUCGUCCAUACUAUUGGAAUAAAGUUACUGGCGAAUCUCUUUGGGAAAUGCCUGGUGCGAGACCAUUCGAUCCAUUAACAGAUCCAUUAGGCAUUUGUCAUACUGGAAAUACAACCCCAGUUAAUCCUGGUACCCCUCAUCAUUCACACAUGCAACACCAUCAUUUAAAGAGACGACCUUCAGACGAUGUUCAUUUACAUGGACAUUCACAUCAAGUACCACCAAUGAAAAAAUUUGUACUGAAUGGUCCGUGGGACUUAGAAGUUUGUACAAAUGCUGUUAUAGUAGAACGUCCCCCAACUUUAUUACCACAUCCGCAUCCUGAAAUUGAAGCAAUGCGUUCAGCUUAUACAAUGAAGCUAGUAAAAACUUAUGAAGAUUUGUGCAUGCGAAGAGAAAAUAUUAAAUCACCGAAAGAUUCAUUUAAUCGUUGGCUUAUGGAACGUAAAGUUAUAGAUACUGGUUCUGACCCUCUUUUACCUAGUUGUGGCUUACCAGAUAUAUCACCUUCAAUGUACCGGGAAAUUAUGGCCGAUAUUCCUAUAAGAAUUGUAAAACCCAAAUAUACAGGUGAUGCUCGUAAGCAGUUAUCACGUUAUGCUGAAGCUGCUAAGCAAAUAAUUGAAUCUAGAUCUGCUCCUGCUGAGAGUAAAAAAAUUGUUAAAUGGAAUGUAGAAGAUACAUUUCAAUGGCUGCGACGGACUGUUGGUGCAAGCUAUGAAGAUUUUCAAGAUCGACUCAAUCAUUUGAAGCGUCAGUGUGAACCACAUUUAGUAGAAACUGUUAAGGGAUCAGUAGAGCAACUUUGCGUAAAAAUUUUUCUUCUUUCCGCUGAGCAUGCACGCAAAAUAAGAGAACGACAUUUGUUGCUUUUAAAAGAGCAUGGCAUUCCAGAGCCAACUCCACCACCGCCACCACCACAUUUAAAGAAAGUUUGGUGUUAUCCCAUACAAUUCGCGGUACCUUCACCUCGUAUGCCAGCCAUUGAAUACGUACAAGAUAGAGAUCAUAUGAUCAUUAAAUAUACACCUAGCACACCCAAUCAACCGGAUGCACAAUAUAUAAAUCUCACUCAUCUCCAAAAACUUGAACAACUCUAUAGACAUAACUGCUUUGAUGAUAAAAAGUUCGACUUAUUUAUUGGACGCGUUUGGUGCCUACUAAAAAGAUACCAAACAUUCUUAGGAAAUGCUUUGAACUCAUCGCAGGAAGCUGAACUUACCCAAGCAUCGUUGCCAGUGCCCGUGUUUGAAUGCUUGCAUCGACACUUUGGGGUUAGCUUUGAAUGUUUUGCGUCGCCUUUUAAUUCAUACUUUCGACAAUAUUGUUCCGCAUUUGCAGAUACUGAUGCCUAUUUUGGAUCUAGGGGGCCAUUUUUGGAUUUUAAACCAGUAUCGGGCUCAUUCCAAGUACAUCCACCACAUUGUGAAGAACUCAUAGAUGCAUCGUUAGCUCAUAUCGAUAAAUUGUUAACCGACAGCUUAGAGCCUCUGAGUUUCAUAGUAUUUUUACCGGAAUGGAAAAGCAUUGCUAAAUUAGAUGAGAGUAUAUACAAACGGCGCUCAAUGGUAGUAUUGGGAAUGGCGCAUGAAUAUCGUCAUGGAUAUCAACACAUCAUACCAAAGUCUGAUGUAUAUGUUAAGUGUAUGCAAGGAACUCAGGUAGUUUGGCUGCAAAACAGUGCUGGUCACGCACGUUGGGGACCCAAUGAAAAUCGUGUUGAAGCUUUACGUGAAGCAUUUAGACCACAACGUGAUCGUGAACGUGAGCAACAGCGUGCAGCACAAUCAGCAAUACAACAGCAACAGCAGCAUGCUCAUACUUCAAUCACCACACAAUCCAAUUCUUCCAUUACAAAUACGUCGACUAAUUCAAUUAGUCAUUCUCCAGCUUCCAAUUCAAGUUUUAGCUCUCUGCCAUCAACUUCCACGUCAGGGGUAAGUUUGGGGAGCUCAUUAUCAGCACACACACCCUUAUCACCGCACACAUCACUCACAGCUUCGUGCUCUCCAGCUAGUGAUUGUUCCUCUCCAUCGUCAUCGUCGAUGUCAUCACUUUCGCCAGCUAACUCUAGCAAUUUGUUAGAUGUAACAAAUGCUGCAGUUUCUAUUACAGCAACAGCUACAACAACUGGCACAUCAGCAGCAGCAGCUGCUGCCUUUGCCAGUUUAGUUGCAGCUUCUUCAAAUCCUGGUGUCGUUAACACAUCCCCUGUUAAUUCCGCAAGUGGUACAAUCACCACAAGUGUCGCACAGACAGUUAUUAACUCAGCUGUUUAAAUAUAAGUUUAAAGGAUUUUAAUAAUCUAAGACGAUAUUGUUCACCUAGAGUAGCUUUUCGUGACAAUUCUAUUAUUAACUAGCGUGAAGUAUGUAUAAAGAAACAAAUUAGUUACUAAGUGCUAAGUUUUCUAAAAAUAACCUUCGACAUUCAUUAGAAAAGUUUGUCAUAAGAAAAUAAUUUUGGCAGUUAUAUAUAUAACCCCAAGACACCAAUUUGAUAAGAUGUCUUAUUACUCCUUUCAAGGCUUUUUAAUAGCGUUUUUUAUCAUCUUAAAGUAACAACAAAUUAUUUUAUGUAAUCCUCAUUAAUAAUGUAACAUCAAAUGUCAUUUUUCUUAUAUGCUAUUAACGAAAAGUAUCGUUAAAGAAUUAGUCGACAUUGUUCCACAUUUUUAUAGAAUUGGGCGACUAAUUAUCCUUCACAUUAGUUUCAAUAACAAAUUUGUAAAGAUGUUUGUACCGCAGGGAAUAAAUCAUUGAAGAUAGUAUACAACUAUACAUACUUCUGAUCACUUCAAUGAGACGAAUAGAUUUUAUAAUGUCCGUUUUAUUUAUUGUGAAUAUAUAUCACAUUCAAUCAUAUUCAAUUAUGAAAUUGGAAUAUACGAGGUAUUCUAUAUCAAAGCUAUAUAGGUUCCUUGACCUAAAAAGCAAGACCUCAAGAUCAUUUACUAAAGCUAUUAAGACAGACUUCGAAAAUGUCACACCACAUUUAGAUUGCUCUACUAAAUAAAUUUGAUAUUGUUAGAAGUGGAACCUCUUCACUUUACUUACGCACCCAGGCAGUGCUCAACUUACCUGAAAUAUAUACAUUAAAAUAAAUAACACUAGCUUACAGCACUAAAGGAUUAAAAAAAGUGAAUUAAAGAUUUGGAAAACUUUUUUUAAAAAUCAUCCGUGUAAAAAUUUUUAAUUUUUUAAAUAUUAAGAGUUAGCAGGUCCAAUAACUACUAAGCUGUACGGCAUCUAAGAGGCGUCUAACUAAAGAAUCGUGUGAAAUUUCCAGUGCUUACAAUUAACAAUGUUCAAUAAUAAAGUACGAUCACUUUUGCUGUAAAAGCAACAAGUUUACUUUUUGUAAUAUUUUUAUUGUUAAUAAAAUUUAGAUAAUUUCGUUAGAAAAUAUUUCGAAGAUGAAAAACAAAUAAAAUUUACAAAAUAAUGGAACUAAAUGCGGUUAUUUGAAAAGGGUCGAAAAAUAUUUAAAAGAAGUUUUUUUAAAUAACCGAAUUCGUUAAGCUAGAGUAACAAGUUUGUUACCAAAUAACGGGAUAUGUAAUGGACUCAGUUGCGUGUAUAUAGGAGAUAUUCAGGGUUCAAAACCCCCAUAACAUAUUUUAAUAUAAAUACAAUGGAUUUUUUCAAUCAAAUGUUCACAUAUGAACUUUAAAUUAGUUUUUGAAACCCCGUCUUAAAUAAGUCUCUCUAUAUACGCCCCUGAAAUAAAUGACUAAAGCUAUAUGACUAAGUAGAUUUCAUGAUAUUGACAUUGAUGAUUAAAGCUUGUUUUUGGGUGGAACUCCUCGAUACCUUAUAUCUCAAUUAAUCAAUUAAUAUUGAAAUGUUACCCGUUUUUAUUUCUUCGACUAAGAAAUCACUUCCCAACAUUAUAUUUAAAAAAAAAACAUUUUUUAUUUGGGAAAGCGGUUAUAAGCAAAGAAAUCACAAUAAAGGGCAUAGAUCGUGUGAAGCAUCAUUGUUGCGGAAAAUUAAACCAAUUUAUAUGCCUUUUUGACAAAUAUAACACAAAAAAAUCUUCCAUACAAUUUUUAAUGA